CAUCAUCUUCAUCGUUUACUUUUUUGUGAUCUUCAAAACACUCGGACAUUUGGGAAGUCGAAGUGGUCUCCGAUCUCUUCAGCAGUGCUAAAGUCGGUUCACGGCACCUGAUACGAAUCUAGUAUUGCUCUUGAAAAAUCUAUAAGUUAUCGCUUCUAUCUUUAAUUGAGUGCGACUAUCAAAAGCUCGUGGCUCACUUUCAGUAAUUUCGUUUUUGUUCGCAGUGCAAAAGAAAGUUCAUUGGUGGGUGAUAUUCACACGUAAAGAUUAAGAAAUACUUUGCAUUCCAUACUAAACAGCAUUAGAUCCGCAUGCAUGGAUCGACCGAUUUGAUAAUAAAAUGAAACUUGUUCUACUCUUCACUGUUUUCAUCACACUGGCGGCCAUCAAAGCACAACCGGUUGACAAAGAAGGACGUACCGGUCCUACUGGAGCUUUGGAUGAGGAAUGGGAGAAUUUUAAGACCAAAUUCAACAAACGCUACAAGAAUGCUGAAGAAGAAGAAUAUCGCAAAGGAAUAUUUGCUAAGUCUUUGAAGAAAAUCCAGGAACAUAAUAAAAAAUACGAUGCCGGUGAAGUAUCCUUCAAACAAGGAAUCAACCAUUUGGCAGAUUUGACGGUGAAUGAAUAUCGUGCAGGAUAUUUGGGUAUUUCCAAAACUGUAAUGUAAAUAUUCUACUAUUGUUAAAAUCUGCAAUUUUGUCAGUUAAAAUAGCGAUUAUUGAAGCAAUAUAAAAAUGAUUAAAAUUUUGA